UGCGCGCUGUGGGCGCAUCAGACGCGUCCGGAGCGGAGGAGCGGCGGAGCGGCGGAGCGCGCUUCCUCUCAAGGGGAAAGAGAAAAAAACGGGGCUUAUAUAUAUUGACGUCAAAUUGCAUGUGUACACUUGCAUGUCUGCUGGUAUGACACCGGAGCUGCCACCACUUCUUCUUCUUCUUCUUCUUCUUCUUCUGGACCAAACCAAAAUGUGCGCCGAAAUCCUCAGCAGACAAUUAACCCGAGAUACCACCACCGCCGCUGGGGCUUUCCAAUUAGCCAAUAAGGUUAUAUUUAAAACUUUAAUUGACGCUCUGCUUGUAGCAAACUCGGCUGUGAAUUCCUGAUAUAGUAGUGAGGAGAGGAGAGGAAGGGAUAGAGAGAGACAGAGAGAUAGAGAGAGAGAUAAAGAGAGAGAGGAGAGAGAGAGAGAGAGGUUCUGCAUCCCGCUGUUGACAGAGAGACCACUUGUGUGCCCGCCGUCACAACUGUGCCAAGAGACGGAGGAGUCUUUUUGAAAGCCACCGGAGCGGACCAGACCGGCAUAUCAAUCAGCGUACCGGAGAGAGACUCCUCCAUCGCGAGAAAAAGGAUUGUCUUUUAAAAGGUGCGCGUCUGUGUGUGUGUGUAUGUGUGUGUGUGUGUGUGUGUGUGAGUGUGGUGGGAAGAGAGAAAGCGAGAGGAGAGAUGGCACUUCUUCUUUUCCCGUUUAAAGAAGAAGGGAAGACGGCAACAGUCAGUGGCAAACAAAUGUAGGAGGAGAAAAAAAAAAAACACCAGUUCCCCUUCGUGUUGGUGCGCACCGCCGGAGAGACGCGCAGGACCCGCAGGAUCAUCGAUUCGCACUUUGUGAUCUUGCGCUGCUGCUGCUGCUGCUGCUGCGUAUAUAUGUGACAAGAAGAGCAGAGAGGAAAACGGGUUGGAUUAUUAAGGGGUGCUUCUCCCUAAAAAAAACGAAAAAUAAUUCAAUCAUGGACACCAGGAUAUUGUUUUUGCUUGUUUGUUCUGCGGCAUUUUUCGCCGGGCUGCAGUGCGCCUCGCCAAGGAGCACGGCGGUGGCGGGGAUGGAGCUCUCCUCCGCCGGCAGCAAUAAUAACAACAGCGGUGGUGGUGGUGGUGGUGGUGGAGGUGGUGGAGGUGGUGGUGGUGGUAGCAGCGGGGAAACUGGAGGAGGCAAAAGGGACUUGAACCAAACCAUCAACUCCAGGCUCAAGAGGAAAACCCUGGCUGUGGAUUUCGCGGUCCCCUCUCUGUUGCGCUAUUACCUGGCGGAGUUCAUCCAGAGACCUCUGAACGGAGACUGCCCGACUUUUAUUGGAUGUUACACGGUGCGCGCAAACUUGAAAAUGCACUGCAUACCUCUGCAGAAAACCAUCGCCACUUUUGCGGACUCCAGGUCCGACCUGAUGAGGAACGCAACUGAUGGACAACAGCAGCAGCCCUUCUUCUACAAGCGGCCGCUGUCCAAAGUUGUGAAACUGGGCUUGACGAAAGCCAGCAGGAAAUCCAACCAAGUCGUGGUGGAAAUCGGAGAGGAUCUAGUGAGGACCGGGUGCGGGGGGUUGUCCGUGUACGAGGAGGCCCCGGUGCUCAGCCUGGAGAUGGACCUCACAACUAUUCUGGAGUGGUGGCUCGGAGCGGAGGGGGGCCGGCUCCGGGUCCGGCUCAUGCCCGAGAAGAGAGCGCAGGUGCCCGGCAUGGAGGACCGCUAUACCGCGGCUAUACGCGCUGCAGACCCGCGCCUCUUCCUUCAGAUAUCCUCCAGGGGAGAACCGUUGGCUGGUAGAAGUGCUGCAGGCAUUCCUAGAGGGUACUGGAGCUUCUCCUGGGUAGCCGAGGACGACCUGAGCUUCCCCAACGACUCCGUGCCCGUGUCAGCAGAUCACCGGUGCCCUGGCAAUAGCAGAACAUGUGACCAGCACCUGGAGGGUAUCCCAGAGUUCACAUGGAGCAUCGUGGCCGCCGGGGACCUGCGGGAGGGAAGGAACGAGAAAAGCGAAAAGAAGGCAGGAAGCCCCCAGGGCUGGGAGGAAGGUAAGGACGAAGGCCAGUUCCUGUGGGUGAACAGCUCAGCCUUUGGCGGCCCCUGGGUGCUGAGUCCUUGGCUGUGGGGGGGCCAGGGUCCCUGUAGCCUGGACAUGGCUGUGUUCCUCCACCCCAAGCAAAGUGGACAAUACACCAUAUGGCUCAUAGAGCGGGACAAAGUGCCACUUGCCCUCUUCUCCACUGACACGCUGCCGCGCAUCACAGGCUGGGCGGUGGUGCACCUCACCCUGGGGACCCACGGAGGAUCGCCCUUUCGGGUCUCGGCCAGCUACGAUCAGCGGGUACCACAGGACGACACGGCCACCAUCGAGCCCCACUUCACCACCAACUGCACCAUGGCGUCCUCGCCCGGCCCCAACGUCACACUGGAGGGCCAGUACCACUGUCACCAGGGACCUGGGAUCCCACUGGACAAGCUGUGCGACUUCAGUACGGACUGUCCACUCGGCGAUGACGAAGGCGACCUAUGUCGCCACUUUCUCAAUGGCAGCUACUGCUCUUUUGAAGAGGGCGAGUGCAGUUGGCAGUCGGUAACGGGCCGCGGCCUCUCCUGGAGGAGACUCCAGUCGCCAGCCAAGGCGACCAGACAGAUCUGCCCGUCAUCAGGUGCUUCAUACAGUGUGGAAGGAGGCCAGUCCAAAGGCCAGCGCAGCUCAGCGAUACUGAGGAGCCCUCUCUUCCCCCCUCCUCUAAGAAACUCCCCAUGCACGGUGCGAUUCUGGCUGUGUUCUGGAGGCUCACAGAGGGGGUCGCUGUCUUUGUGGAUAGCUGAGAACAGCACAGGUCCCGAGGAGCAGCGCAGACUGUGGCAUUCAGCCAGAGAACCCAAAUCUGAAAGGGGCUGGAAAUUCGUCAUAAUUCCCCUUUACGGGCUGGCGGACUGGUUUUGGCUGCAGUUCAGCACAGAAGAUGGACCUGGAUCCGGUUCAGCCAUCUCUAUCGACAACAUCUCUUUCAGUAUGGACUGCUUCCUGGCAUCAAACGGUGAGUUUCCACCGGUGGUCACCAGCACGACCAGGCUGCCGUUCCAACCAACCAACAAGACUGCGCCGCCGCACCCCAUAGAUUACUCCAAAAAAUGGAUUUUUCAUACCUGUGGGGCUGUAGGCCCUGAAGGGCCAACUCCCACUCAGUGCCUCAACUCCUACAGGAUCAGCAACGUCAACGUGACAGUCGGCACCCGAGGGCCCUUCAAAGGCAUUCAAAUGUGGCGGGUCCCGGAAACUGGCACCUACAGAAUCACGGCCUACGGUGCAGCUGGCGGCCGAAGUGUGUUGGCAAUGAGCAGGUCACAUGGUGUCUACAUCACCGGAGACUUUCUGCUGAAGAAGGGCGAGCAGCUUUACGUCUUGGUGGGACAGCAAGGAGAAGACGCAUGCCCCAAUUCCAACGGCAUGCUGAAUAAGAUCUGCCUGGAACAGAGCGGCCCGAUGGUGAACAAAACACAAGUGAAAGGCGGCGGAGGAGGAGGUGGCGGGGCUACGUAUGUGUUUAAGGUGGACAAAGGAGUGUAUAUCCCCCUCAUCAUCGCUGCUGGGGGUGGUGGCCGUGGUUACAGCAGCCUAUCAGAGACCCAGCUGGAGCAGAUGGACUAUGACCCCAGCCAACCGGGACGCAGCGGGAAGUCAAACGCUGCAGGUGGAGGGGGAGGUUGGAAUGACAGUAUUCCUGUCAGUCACGGUGGCAGACCGCUGGUGCUCGGAGGCCAGGGAGGACAGGCCUGUCAAAAGUUCUGGCAGACCCGCGGGGGCUUCGGGGGCGGCGGGGGCGGCUGUAUGUCCGGGGGCGCCGGCGGAGGCUACAGAGGUGGUAACACCUCCUUAGAUAACAACCCCAAACACGACGGCGACGACGGCACGUCCUUCCUCGGUCCAGAGGGAGACCCCUUCCUCUACCCUCUGAAAGCUAUGGAGGGCGAUGGUGAGGUGAUAAUCAGUCCGGUGCAGAACUGCAGCCACUGUGAAAGCGGCGAAUGCCACGAGACCAAGGACGGUAUCGUCUGCUACUGUGAUGAUGACCUGAUCCAUGCACCAGACGGGGUGUCCUGCAUCAACGCUACAGAGGUGACCGUGCUGACUCCCCAGCCGUCUCUCUCCCACCUGGCGCUGGGUCUGUCUGUGGGCACCUCGGCCCUCAUCGCCGCCCUGCUGCUGGCUGUGUCCGGAGUCAUGAUAAUGUACAGACGCAAACACACAGAGCUGCAGUCUAUUCAGCUGGAGCUGCAGAGUCCAGACUGCAAGCUCAGUAAGCUGCGGGCAUCCACCAUCAUGACCGACUACAACCCCAACUACUGCUUCGCCGGCAAGACGGCAUCGGUCAAUGACCUGAAGGAAGUACCGAGGCGUAAUAUCUCCCUCACCAGGGGCCUGGGUCACGGUGCUUUCGGUGAAGUCUAUGAAGGGCUGGCAGUGGGAAUACCAGGUGAACCGAGUCCACUGCAGGUGGCAGUCAAGACCCUUCCUGAGGUUUGCUCUGAGCAAGACGAACUGGACUUCCUCAUGGAGGCUCUAAUCAUCAGUAAGUUCAGCCACCAGAACAUUGUGCGUUGUAUAGGAGUCAGUCUGCAGGCCAUGCCCAGGUUCAUCCUGCUGGAGCUGAUGGCUGGAGGAGACCUCAAGUCUUUCCUGAGAGAGACCAGACCCCGGCUGGAGCACCCGUCCAGCCUGAGCAUGGUGGACCUUCUCAAUGUGGCCAGAGACAUUGCUAAGGGCUGCCAGUAUCUGGAGGAAAACCAAUUUAUACACAGGGAUAUUGCAGCUCGGAAUUGCCUACUGACCUGCAAAGGGCCGGGCCGCGUGGCCAAGAUUGGGGAUUUUGGGAUGGCUCGAGACAUUUACAGGGCGAGCUAUUACAGGAAGGGAGGGCGUGCCAUGCUGCCAGUGAAGUGGAUGCCACCUGAAGCCUUCAUGGAGGGCAUCUUCACAUCUAAAACGGACACGUGGUCCUUUGGGGUUCUGCUGUGGGAGAUCUUCUCGUUGGGCUACAUGCCAUAUCCGAGUCGCAGUAACCAGGAAGUUUUGGAGUUUGUAACCAACGGUGGCAGAAUGGACCCGCCUAAAAACUGCCCCGGGCCAGUGUACCGUAUAAUGACUCAGAGUUGGCAGCACCAGCCUGAAGACAGGCCCAACUUCUCAACUAUCCUGGAGAGGAUUGACUACUGCUUACAGGACCCUGAUGUGGUGACCAUGCCCCUGCCUGUAGAGUACGGACCCAUCCCCGAAGAGGAGGAGCGAGUACCCGUGCACCCUGACGACCCCUCAGCUCCGACCGUGCUGGUGAAUGCCCAGGUGCCUGAUGGGGAGGUGCCGCAGCCGCCCCCGUCCUAUCCUACAGAGGACAGCCGGAGAGGUGUGGAGCACACCGGGGAGACGAGCACAGCGUCGGAGGCCAAAGCACAGACGGCGGCCCAGCCCCAGCCGUACCUCCACCAGCACCAGCAGCCUCACACGCAGACCUCCAUCGCCAUGACGACCACUAACACAGUCACCUCCACGGCCGCCUCUAUGCUCACUGCCAAGGGACCUCACGUUGCCACCCAGCCCGGCCCCGACGGGGGCCACAUCAACCUGGCGUUCACCCAGGGCCAUGCGCCAGAGAAGGAGGGACACAACGGGAGGAGCACCAGUCUCUGGAACCCGACGUACGGCUCGUGGUUCCUGCAGCAGAGGAAGCAGCAGCAGCAGCAGCAGCAGCAGCAACAACAGCAGCAGCAGCAGCAGCAGCAGCAGCAGAGGCAGGGAGGGGUUGGGGGAGCAGGAGGGAACGGCGGCAGGGUGCCUGGUGAGGGGCAGGAGCACGUGGGCCGGACUGUGGCCGAGGUGGCGGGGGCGCUGGGUCUCCAGCACCAGCACAAGCAGUUCCAGCAUCAGCUCCAGCAGCAGCAUCAGCUCCAACAGCAGCAUCAGCUCCAACAGCAGCACCAACUCCAGCUGCUGCACCAUCAGCAGCAGCAGCAGGGUCUCUGCAGACCUCUGCUACCCCCACCACCACCUCCUGCUGUUCAGUCGCCUCUGCUUUUAGAUUCAGCCGCCUUGCCCCCAGUUCCCCUCUACAGACUGAGACGAUUCCCCUGCGGGAACAUCGGCUACGGCUACCAGGACCAGGGCCUGCCGCUGGAGGUCGCCCACGGGAACCCCAACCCCGCUCCUCCACCCCCUCAACCACAGCAGGGCAUCUCCAUGCCCCCCUCAGCAGCCCACCAGAGGGGGGCCUCCAUUCCCACCUCGGUGUCCCUGGGUCGGUCGGGUAUGCCCGAGGACAGCCGUCCACUGCUAGUCACCAUGGGGACAGUACAGGACCCGAGGCUGCCCAGGAUGGAGGGCCACAACGCCACCGUGCUUUAGCCCCAAAUGCCUGUUAACGCUGGUCUUUUUUUUGUCAGGCCCCCGUCUUUGAAGACUGUGUGUUCAGGACACAUAGCAGGAAACACUGUGUCAGGACAGAGACCGUUUUACAGCGCCCCUACCGUCCCACCAUUUUGGUUUUCUUCCUCCAGUUCUCGCUGAAACAGAGCUGGAUGAGUCCAUCAGGCUUUUCCCAUGAGAACCCUGGAAGUGUGUUAAAAUCCCCAAUGGAUGCUAAAGCACAUCAGAGAACAAAAAAAAAGCUUUGGGAGUACUGUAAGAGUUUAAAAAUAAUGUAUUUUUUCAAUGCUGGAGGGAUCGUAAGUGAGUGAGUGAGAGUACUGAGAAAGAAUCAAAUGGAGAGUUUACGGCACAUGACAACUUUCCAUCUGGUAGCGACCAGGAGCGAGGACGUUUGCAAAUCUCUAUAUUUUGCCAAACUUAAAAGACGUUCAGGCACAAACUUUGGUGACCAGUUUUGACUGUAGCAACUGCGAAGUUGACUACAGCCGCAAGCCACACGUGUCCGUUCUACUGCAGAGCCCUGGCACUGUUCCUUAUCCACAUCCUUUUGGAAAACAACAGCGUGGUGAAUAACUUGUAUCAGACUAUUUUUCAAGAAUAUCACAGAAUUGGACACUGGAUUACCAGAGACAUUUAUACAGGGGGAAAAAAAUACUGGGGAAAAAUGUGUUUGUUGAUGUUUGCUUGCCUGCUUGUUAAUUUAUUCAUUUGUUUAUUUAUUAUUUGGAAGUGGCUCUAUAAAUUAUUCAUGAACAUGCUUCUUCAGAUCCAAACAUUUUUACAUCAACUGGUUUUCACUUUAGUUUUUUUUACGCUGCAGCAAUUUGUUUUUAGUAAUAUGGUUAUAAGAAAAAAGGAGAGAGAGGUGAGAUUGAACAACCCCAAAAAAUGAUUAACCCUAAAAAUCAUGAAUGGUUUGUCAUUAUACUGAUACAGGAAAUGAGUCGUGGCCUUUAAAGUGGAGUAGAUGGAUAAAUAGAGCAGCGACGCAGGUCGGGGAGAUUAUUUGACAGAAGAAUAAAACGGAUUACAGACGAGCCACCAUCAGCAACAUUUAAGAGUUUGACUUUUUACUCUCGCUGAAGAUUUGUAAGAAGCCGCCGCCCCUGGUACUAUUGAAAUCACUGCUCUGCGGACUCCCUUUUGUUCGCAGCUCCAUUCUGUUGAAAGAGUGCUUUGUGACAGUGAAGUUGAGGCUUUUCUUUUCUUAUGGCUUUUUCAGUAACCUUUUAUCAAUUCAUUUCUUGUUUUAAAAAAAAAAAAAAAAUCAGUUUCUUUCCCCUCCUUUUUUGUCUGGAUAUAGAAACACAGUGGAUAUUGCUGAAUCAAUCUUAACCUUCAAAUUGCCAUCUCACAGAACUCCACAUUCUUAAAUUUGCAUAUUUUAUCUUUUCUAUUAUAGGAUGACUGUUGUGGAAUACAAAUGAGUCUGAGUGUGAAGUUUGAAUACAAACUGCUUUUUGCUCCACGUGUGAAUGAAAGCCGAGACCGGUUUGAGUCUCAUUACGUACAUUUUCACACACAUGGUGUUGCCACUUGUCUGUGUUUAAAGUCUGCUUUUUUCAGUUUAAAAGGACAGUUACGUGCGGUGUAUCUAUCGGACAGCACCACGAGCGUGGCAGUGUUGAUAUUUCGGAGAAUGACGACGACGUGUCCAUUUUUUUAUGCUUUUGCUUGACUGUAUUUGGCAAUCCUGUCAGUGCUUCUGCUGUGAAGCGACGGCGAGCUGUCGUGUGCGUGUCAUGACGCUCGGUGACUGAUUAAGACAAAUGCAUUCCUGUAGGCCAAAAUCAAUUGGCAAGUUAAAUAUUGGAAAGUAUUUUUGCUUUGUCGCCGGUACUUGUGUUAAAUGCAUACAUUCUGUGUGCCCCCCCCCCCCCCCUCACAGCUCAUCUCCACUGCUUGAUGUAAAAAGACAAACUGAACUGCACCUGUAAAUGUUGUAAUUAUAAUGUAUUGUACUAUGGCUCUGGUAAAAGCUGUAAAUUGCCCUGCAGAAGACAUUCGCCAAAAUUAAUAAAUUACUAUAUAAUAA